AUACAAUCCUGCUGUAGGUAGCAGUGAUUUCUCUCAUGCUCUUACUAAACUGACUAGUCCGAGUAGUCUGAGUACACUCUCCUCUGUUAUGUAUUCAACUAGUAAGAAGUUAGAGUUUGGAUCUGAAUUUGAGCCAAUUACUGGUUCAGAAAGAGAUGAAAUACUUGAGUGUUUGUUUCCUGAUUCUGUUCCUGGUAGCAGUGUCUCUGGCCAUGAACAAUUAACUGAAGAUUCUCUCACUCGUGAAUUAAAGUCAGCUCCUCCUAAUAGUCUCACAAUGCGUCUAGCCAAAGCUUUCUGUAACAUUCAUAAUGAUUAUGGUCUUAAAGCAAUGGCUCAUAUUUGGUAUGAAGUGAUACAGGAACUACGCUACAGGUGGGAGAGUGGUAAAGCGUUACCAAGUUUAGGGAAGAGUCAUCCUGACAUGUCUUGUUGUCUCUUACAUCAGAAAUUACAGAUGUUAAACAACUGUAUACUACACAAGAUAUCACAUGCUAAGAGACUCCACUACUCUCAGCUAUCAGCAGAGACUUCAGAAUCCAAACUCUCCCCUAGCCCUCAAGAGCAGAGCCCAACCUCUAGUCUCAGUUUUAGUCAGCGAAUACAACGUCAGACAUCAAGCGAGCAACAGCCACUCCCACAAACCCCUCCCUCAUCAACCGGGUAUCACAAGAGCACCAGCAGUGAUAGUGAUGAGGAGUUCUUUGAAGCUCAGGAGACCUUUGAAGAACACCAUAAGGAAGACUUUAGUACUUCUUCAGUGUCUUCGCUAGACUCAAAAACAAAAAAGCUUUUGGAGCAUAUAGUGCCUCAACUCUGCAUUUACUGUAAUCAAAUUUUGAUAUCAUUAUUACUCAUUAAUUUUAAUCCAGGCUUUAUCAUUUGGAGUCACUCAUCAGCCCAAUAUGCUUGAGUG